CAAUUCGAAACUAUGGACGUGCCCGCCACUCAGCGUUCAUCUUCUUCCUUCUCCUUAUUUACGUUCUCAAAUUCCCCAUUUCCUUCUGCAAAUUCAGAGCUUGGCUAUGGCGUUCCAAUGGCUGCGAGAUCUCAAUUUUCAAUUCAAGAAGCUUUUUCAUCUCCUCACAGUCACUCUCCUCAGUCUCUCGCUUCCAUUUUCAUUCAUUGUGUUUUGCAGGCUCGUUCGUUAUCGGUAUCUUCAGGUUCUUCUCCCUCAUUCAACGCCUCUUGCUUCUUUUGCUUCCGUCGUCUCUGCCGACCGAGUUCUUCUUUUAGCUCUCAUUUCGCUUAUCGCCAUAGCCGCUCUUCUCGAUAACUUGUUCGGUAAAUCCGUUGUUCUGACUAAAUCAUCCGGCCUGAGCGCGGCUUGGCUUGUUCUGUGUGCGUUACAUGUCGGUAUGGCCCUGGGGAUCGACCAGGGAAUGGCGAUUGCAAUCGACGCCUCGAGCUUAGGGCAGCGUAGAAGUUUGUGGUGCCGGAUGAUGUUCUUCCUAGGGUUUCAUACGGCGAUGAUUCAUUGGUCGAAGGCAGCGGUGAAGCCGGUGGUUGACGAUACUGUUUUCGGAGCGCCGGUGAUGGAGAGUUGGAGUGAAAGAGUCGCCAUGGCAGUGAGCUUUGGAGGUAUAUGGUGGUGGAGGUUGAGAGAUGAAGCUGAAUCUCUGGCGAUGGUUACGGAAAGCAUGAUGGAGCUUCUUAUGGAUCCAACUAUGGCGGAAUUCUCUGGUUUGGCUCUCUAUUACCUCAUCGUCGCGAUCGGUUUCAUCAAGAUUUUGAGAAGCUUUGCUUGGUUUCUGAAGUUCUUGCUUCGCGACAGGAAGGAUAAAAGUUCUUCCCAAUCCAAACGGAUCGAAGUCGUUUGAAUUUUCCUUUUCUUGGAACUUUCUUCCCCUCUAAUGGCAUCCACCAGAACCAGGAGACUGAGCUCAGAGGGAAAGAAGACGAUUGUCCAUUUGGAGAGUUAGG